AUGGCUACUCAAACUCGUCAGAUCAACGCCUCGAGCCGUAUUGAAGAGGAGACCCUUCCAUUCUACAGACCCGAACAAUUCUAUCCGGUCCGCAUGGGCGAGCUUCUUCAUUCGAGAUAUAAAGUGUUGGGAAAACUGGGGUAUGGAGCUUACUCGACCGUAUGGCUAUGCCGAGAUAGGUGCACCCGGACUUAUGUUGCGGUCAAAGUUCUUACGGCCACCCAUUCCGAGCAAAGAUUCUCUAGAGAGGUGGAAGUUUACAAACACUUGAGCAAGCUGGGUCGAUCUCAUGUGGGAAGCGCCUAUAUUCGGGGCCUUUAUGAUACUUUCGACAUCUCUGUCCCAUACGGCAUCCACCGAUGUUUGGUGCAUCCCCCGAUGCACCUGUCAAUCAAUGCGCUCCGAAUGCAAGCGAGGUCGGGCAAAUUCAGUGAGCCUCUACUCAAGCAGACAUUAAUCUGUCUAUUGCAAGCCCUCGAUUUUCUUCACAGCGAGGCAAAUGUCGUUCAUUCCGAUAUCAAGGCAUCGAAUAUUAUGCUGAGCAUCGACGACGAGUCAAUCCUGACGGAAUUUGAAAAAGAAGAAGAGCAACACCCCAGCCCACGAAAGACGCUGGAUAGCACUCGUACAAUCUAUAUGUCUCGCAAGCUUUCCCUACCGAAGCACGAUUUAUGGGGUCAACCCGUACUGUGUGAUCUGGGAGAGGCUAGGAUAGGGGAAUUCCACCGAGGAAAUAUUCAACCGAAUGUUUAUAAAGCUCCCGAGGUCCUUUUUGACAUGCAAUGGAGCUUUAGUGCUGAUAUAUGGAACCUCGGUGCCGUGAUCUGGGACAUCUUCGAAGACAAGCAUUUGUUUAACGCACUGGACGAAGACAAGGAAUACUCACCCUCUCAUCAUGUUGCUGAGAUGGUGGCAUACCUGGGGCUGCCCCCUCUACAUUUUCUCCAGCGCAGCGAAGAAACGCGCAACGUUUUUGACGCGAAGGGGAAUUGGUUAGGUGCCGGUGGUGUCUCCGUACCUUCACGAUCAUUGGAAGAAGCGGAAGAAAACCUCGAAGGACAGAAUCAACAACUCUUUCUCCGAUUUGUACGGUCAAUGCUGCAAUGGGUCCCGGAGGAAAGAAAAACUGCGAGGGAAUUAUUGAACGACCCGUGGCUGAGUUCGGCAUAG